AUGCAGAACCAGGCAAUUAUGGACGAUGAUGAUGAUGAUCUCUAUGACCCUGCCGAUGCAGUGCCGGUAGCUACGUCCCAGAAUAUAGCCCAUCACGCCCAAGCGAAUGUCAACCAAGACGAAGAUGACGUCGAGGAAGAGGAGAUAGAGGUUGAAGAAGAUGAUGAUGAUUUUAAUAUUAUCACGGAAGCCCCCGCUGAUGCGCCUCCCCCAGAAGUUCCACAUCCCCGCCAUGCUAGUCUACGAGCUGAGUCGCAGCGACCUCCAUCUGUAGAUUCUUCUUCCGUAACGAAGUCAGUUACGCCCUCUGUGACACCGAAAGUGGAGCAUGCAACUCCGGUCCCAGUUAGCGCUCGACCCGCCAUACCGCAGAAACCAGGUUCUGCAUAUCCUCCUAUCCAUGCUUCAGAUAUCGAUGUUCAUGCAAACCCAACUCAUCCGGCUACCGGUAAACCAAUUCUGUCGACUGAUAUGGAUGCGGACUUCCCAGAAGAUGAUAAGCCAUGGAGGCGGCCGGGUUCUGACAUCUCGGACUAUUUCAACUACGGAUUUGAUGAAUUUACAUGGGCAAGCUAUGUGCUGAAACAGCAAGAGUUACGAAAGGAAGUUGGUGACCAGAAGAGACAGCUGGAUGACAUGCAGAGUUUCUUGACCAUGGGGCUUCCGCCGAUGCCCGGCGGUCCUCAACCUGGGCCUGGAGGUCCCGGCGGCGCACCGCCGCCAAUGCCUGGCAUGCCAGGAAUGCCAGAUAUGUCUCCAGAUAUGAUGCAGGGAAUGCUAGCUAGUAUGAUGGCGCAGGGCUUGGACCCAUCAUCUAUGGAUCCAAUGUCUUUCAUGCAGCACGCCCAGGCAAUGAUGGGUGGCCAAUCCGGCGCAGGCGGCGGACAACAAGGCCAGCCUGGUUACGGUAACCAAGGUGGUGGCCAACCUCAGAUGGGCUAUGGAGGGGGAUUUGGUGGUGGACGGGGACGGGGGCGGAGAUGCAUCCUGGGACGGUUCGGUCUGGUGGAGUUCAAUUCUCUCCUCCGCAACAUCAAGGGCCUUGCUCCCCUCCUCGACCGUGUCCUGGUCCAGCGCAUCAAGCCCGAGACCAAGACCGCCUCCGGUAUCUUCCUUCCUGAGAGCAGCGUCAAAGAGCAGAAUGAGGCCAAGGUCCUCGCCGUUGGCCCCGGUGCCGUCGACAGGAACGGCUCUCGCCUUCCCAUGAGCGUUGCUCCCGGUGACCACGUCUUGAUCCCUCAGUUUGGUGGAAGCUCCGUCAAGGUUGGUGAGGAAGAGUUCACUCUUUUCCGGGACCAUGAACUCCUUGCCAAGAUCAAGGAGAACUAG